CCAGCCAAUCAAAUCACCGGAAAGGGAGGAACAGGUUUCCGGCCUAAUGAGAGAAAACACAACUGAAGUCCAAAAGACGAAGAGGAGAAGCUGCUUCUCGUAAAUAAUUUAACGGCUCAGCUUUCUCCAACACGUCCAUAAUUUACCAUGCUCUAACUAACCACUAAUUCAUAUCCAAGAGUUGGCAGUGACAUGGCAUCUGUCCACUAAACUGCUCCGUCCUCAGCCACUGCUAGCACCAAGCAUUGGUGUGCAACUUCCCAGCGGAUGAGACUGACCCACCAUCACCAUGGAAACAGACACAGAAGUUAUUCCUAUCUGGCAGAAUAAGCCUCAUGGAUCCACCCGUAGUGUUGUGAGAAGAAUAGGUUCCACUCUUCCACUCAGACCUCCACAAAGGGCAUGUUUUCAGGAACUCCCGGGUCUGCCCUCUCUUCGGCCCAUGGAUGGCCCUAUGGUUCCUACCUUGGCAGACAUAGCAUGGAUUGUUGCAGAUGAAGAAGAGACAUAUGCCAGAGUGCGGAGUGACACCCGUCCUCUGAAACACGAGUGGAGGCCCACACCUCUCCUGGUGCUCCACAGGAACUCAUCUGUACCCAACUUCCGCCGUGAGGGCAAAAGGGUGGAGGGGCUUAGGAAGCCUGGAGUGACGGCACUGAACCGCACUACUGCCCUGCAGGACGAGCUCAGCAGACUCCGCGCACAAAUCGCCAAGAUUGUUGCAAGUGAUACUGGCUCCAACCCUCUGACCCCUGACCUGCUCUCCCCUGACGACACAAGUAUGAGCUUCUCCAUGGCGCCUUUUGAAACAGCGCCCUACCAGCCGGCUGCCACGGCUGCCGCUUCCUUUGUCAUCAGUGAUGUCACAGAGGAGGAAGAAGAGGAGGAGGAGGAGGAGGAGGAAGGAGAGGAAGACGUGGUCUCUGUGGUGUCAGAGCUUGUCCCUGACCCUCUGCCGCCUGUUUCCAUGACGGCGUCAGCGACCUUUGACCUGGACAGACCCAGCAUGGACUUCCGGGAGGCAGAGGAGGAUACAGUAUCGCUAUCAAAGUCCACCAGCUUUGCUGAUGUUAUGGACAUCCUGAAGGACAUGAACCGCAUGAAGAUGAGCAAAGACAGGUACAACAGAGGCUGCACAUCCCUCAGAGAGGAGGACUCGGCCUCUCUGAUCUCAGAAGCUCUGAGGAAAAAGUUUGUCCUGAAGGAGGAAGAUACUGCCGCUGUGAAACGGAAGUAGCCCGAUCAUGUGUUUAUCAUCAAUACCCGAUCCUGCUGCUCCAUGCCUUUGCCUGUGGAAUAUUUACCCAUGGAUCCACAACCUCUCUCCUCAGACCCAAGGCAAUAGCUGUCUGCCAGAGCUAGAACAAAGAAAACACUUUGUCCCCAGACACUCAGAACCAAAUGUGAAGCUCGCAGUGCUGGUGCAGUGUCAGAGGGGACAGAUAACUCUUGAUAACAGUAAUACUUUUUUAAGCACUGCAUCGCAUAUUGCAUCCAGUUUAUUUCUCUCUGAAAACAAACAAGCUUUUAUGUUUAAAUUUAUUUUGAAAAAGGACUCAACAGGCUGUUGUCUGGAAACUGUGUCUGCAAAUUUAUUUGAUCAUGUGGAGAGACUGAUAUCCAAGCAAUUAUAAGAACGUUCUUGGACUUAAAUAGAGGAAUGUCCCUUUAAAAAGCCUUUAAAGAGUCCUUUGUUCCUUUUGAUUUUCCACACAAGAGAUGCAAACAAACAUUUCCUUUUUCAGUUGAAGUAAAAGCUCCUCUAACAUACUUGAAAAUAUUUUAUGUACAAAUGAAACGGAUCUAGUGUACAUGCAGAGAUGUAAUGUAUCUUAUCACAGCGUGUGUGUGUAUGUGUGUGGGAAAUAUCAUUUCAGAUCUUUGCUGUUAAUAUUUGCAUCACAGGUCUGAGUUUGCAAAUGUGCACAGCAUCAAGUAGAGUAUCUCGCUUGCUCCACUGCACCUCCUAUGCCUGUCCUCUUGUUUGUGAUUAACAUAUAGAUUGAUAGUCACUGACUGAACCACAGGACACUGAUUUUUGAAACCUAAACUGAAAAGAGCGAGAAUAUGCUGAUGAUAUUUGAAGAGUGUGGUGUAAAAAAAACAAAGAAAGCGUGUGAGUGAAAUGUGUAUGUUUCUGGUAAAGGCAACGACAGAUACAAGCUUGUACAGGUCUUUAAGACGCACCUCUCCUCCCCUGUGUAGACUGUUUUACUUACUAGUUGAAACCACCUUUAAUGAGGUUUCUGAAUGACAGGACGUUAAAGAGGUGAUCUCAAUUUGGGCAGAGACAACUGAGCUAUGUGUAAGAGUGCAGAGUUCUGACAAAGCUUUGGGUGAAAUGCUUGUGUGAGUCACGAUCACAGAAAUAGAACGAGAGUAGAAUGGACAUUCCGAUGCAGAUUAACAUAGCAGGAUGGUCAGAGUGGCGGCCAUUUUAUGCAUACUGCUGCCAUUGCAACUGUUGUAGCUGGCUAAUAUCUGUGUAGACGAACCUGGUAACAAAGGUAAGGUUUUGCACGAGACUAUAUGAGCAGUAGAGUAGUAACGUUCUGUAUUCAAAUAAGAAGUGCACUACUUUUUAAUUGUUAGCGUUACUGUUACUUCCCUGUUUCUGUUGCCAUUUAUUUCAUGUUUGUUGAAACCUGAUGCACCAUAGCUGCCUCCGAUAAACAAGAGACAGCUGCUGCUUAGUUGAUAGCCGAGAGGCAGAGGCUGCGAGGAUUAACGGCAUGCAGAUCAGUGUGUUUUCACAUCUAACUUGGUGAAUUAAGGGUUUAUCUCAAAGAAGAAGGCUAACUAAGACAGUUUGGAUGAGGGCUUUUUUAUUGUUUCUGUCAAGUUUGAAUUAAGUUAACAAGGCAGUUAAUCUUAGUUUGUGAAAGACAGAAACUUGGAUUGGUGCACGGUUGUAUUUCUCUGUUUGUUAAGGAAAGUAGGUGUAAAAAUAGGCCAAAACGGCACUCUCAAACCACUGACGUCGCCAUUUUUUUAACUAUUCAAAUGACUACAGCAAACUGUUUAAUGUCCAUUCUACUUUGCUUGUAUUUCUAUGGUCGCGAUGAAUAUUCUGGUUGACGCCUUACCACAUAUCUAUUGCCUGUUCCAAAGCCUGAUUUUAUUCCCAUAUUAGUUAAAGUGCCAUGGGUUUGUUUUACCCCUUCCUGGAUGUGCCCUCCACUCUUAUCUUUGUUUUCCCAUGUUUUCAUCUCACAAAUACCAGUUGUGUGUGUGCGUGUGUGUG